AUGCCUCAACAUUCUACAGCUCAUUCUCAGCCUGUUUGGACAACAACUGUUGAUUACCGACCCCCUGAAGUUGGUCGAGAUCAGGAUGAACGACCAGUUUCUCGACAGAAUUUCUACUACAACAAUAUGAGAUAUCAAAAUGAUGGGGCGAAUGAGGUCUAUGUGGAAGAUGAGGCAAUGCGAGAGAAUCGACGGCGAUUUCAACGGGCGUUUGAUGAGGAUUCGGAUUAUGUUGAUGGCCGGACGAACAUUUCGAUUCCCAGGCCAAAGAUUUAUGGCAGAUCCAGAGCCGAUGUGAGUCGAAUAGGUUAAGGUUAUUUCAUCAAGGAAUUUUUCGCAUACAAUCUAAACGCGUUGUCUCUGCAGUCUCCUCAUUUUCAGUAAUAUCUCGUCCUCAGGGCUUUCAUUACAAGAAGUCGUCAUCUCUAGAUGUUGACACACUUCAUUACUUCCGUUUUAUCAUUAUUUCUAAUCAACUAUCCUUAUCAGUAUUCAAGUACUCACUUUCUCACUUUUCCCAGUCUUUAGAGACCCCUUCUGAUUGUCGAAUAUUAUAAAAACCCGCUGAUUUGAAUUUUUUGUUUGGCUUUUUCGCGUCUCCCUUUUAUUGCUCAUUUUCAAGGAGCUGAAAGGAAAUCUCAAAGCAAAUAUUGUUUUUUCCGAACGGGAUUCAAAGAAAUUGUUUCUACGAUUCAUUUCUAAUUCUUGAUUAUUCAGUUUGAUUGUUUUUGGAGUAUUGUAAUUAUUGCAAGUAGAGAGUCUUAUGGAACACAGGACUACUAGUUAUAGACGGACUUUGGACCCUUAUCCAAGUGAAAGUGAUAUCUAUAAAGAGUUGGUAUGGUGUAAUGUCUUGCAUAGAUGCAUCCCUUCUCCGUUUUGAGUUUGAUUUUUUUCUUUAUAUCUGAUGCAUUUUAGACUCCGGACGACUUCAAUUUUUUGGAAGACCGUCAGCUCAAUGAAUAUGCGGCGGUUAGCAAAAAACGUGCUUCUUAUCGCCCCUCUUCAAGCUGUUAUCGACCAAAUAUUUGGUCGGUCCUCAACGUGAUCCAGAUUUUUAUCGCCAUACUUUUGCUGAUCUUCGCGUUUUUUAGAUUUUUUAGAAUUUUUGGGGUAGGUUUGCUGUGUCCUUCAGUGUUAUUUUUAAAAUUGUUUAGAGACCGAAUGGAAAUAUUCUCUUGGAUUUUAUCAAGGCCGAAGAUUAUGCGCAAUCAAAUCAAGAUGGAACAGAGAUAAUUUCCAUAAAACUUGGAGCUAGCUUGUUUGUUCCAUGUUGUUUACAACUGAUAAGCGGGUUUAGUGGAGUUUGGCCAGGUCAACCGCGGAGCAAUUAUGGGUGUCUAGUAAGAAACGUGUUUUGGGAGAAGCAGUCUUGUAGAAUAGGGAAUCUGGUCGCGGCCUAUAUCUCUUGGCUAAAAUGUUUUCAGAUAGUCCACGUAAUUUUCUCCAUGUUUGCGAUUGUUUAUUGGUUCGAACCCAUUACUUACGCGGCUUUGGAGCUGAAUCUUCGAAAUGUUCAACUAGAAAAUAACAUCUCAUCGCUUACAUAUCACAUUCUCCUUGUUUUACUGGUACUGACUGCUCUUAUGGUGCUUGUUGUUACAUCCUUAUCCAUGUGUAAUGCUAUUUUGGUUCUUUCGGAGCCGUGUAAUAUUGUUCAUAGCCCAGUUGACGUUCAUCUGGGAAUGGCGUCUGUAAUUUUGAGCAUUGUUUGCAGCGCUUUGGGUGUUUACGUGAGCGCAAGCACGUUGACAAGCGUUACGGAAUGGUCAGUAAAGCAAUUUGCAAAAAAAAUAAAAUAAAUUUUCAACGAUUUAUUUUAUACAAUUUUAGGGCGGUACCAUCGGUUCGAAAUAUCGCGGCUUUGUAUGGGUUCGGCCUUCGGGAGCUGAUAAUUUGCUCUUAUAUUACACUUGCUACCGGCCUCUGCUCGGCCUCAACUAUGAUACAACAACGAAAUCUGCGAUUGGCAGCGUUGGUACUGCAGAUUAUUAGCUUGUUUCUAAUUUUUGGUCAUAUGAUUACUGCAGAUCGCAUCACUGCUGUAACUCAUAACAUGAAAACAAUGUUCUCUGUGGGCUUAAACCGACCUAUUGGACCGGAAUCGUAAGCUAUUUUUAAAUUAAUUCCGAAACCUCUGAUGCCAUUGCAGACUUCUUCUGCUCUACACUUUCAUCAGUAUUCUAACGGUGCUAAUUGUUGCACAUACAAUUUCAACAAUUUUGGCGUUAUGCAAAAACUUCUCUGACCCGCUGACGUCGUCAAACAUGUAUUCUCAACAACUUGAUGAAGGACAGGAGCAUUCAGCCUAUCAUGCCAAUAUUUAG